AGGUUAUACAAGUCUAUAAGGUAUAUUUGUUCAAUUAUUGAGAAAAAUACAAUACAAAAAUAGUUUUGUAACAUUUUAAACUCAUAUCAGGGAUUAUUAUAAUUAACUUAUUAUGUGGUACUUCACUUUAAAGCAAUUAAUAAUCCAUUAAAGGUAAAGCAUAUUGGAUAUACUUUGCUGUUGCUCUGCUCUUCUUUACCCUUUUUAUUCUUUUUAGCAUCAGAAAAAAUCAGCAGGAAAACACAGUGUUCAUUCCCAUUUCCCUCUAUGGAACUUUAUGUUCAACUAAUUCUCACUGUUUUUGUCUCUCUAAUCUUUACAUCUUUCUUCUUCAAGCUCGUAUCAAUGCAACCAAUCAACCAGUUGCAAAUUCAGAACUCAAACCCAUGCCCUCACUUGCGGACACGAGAGUCAUCUCGAUCCGGCUAUGCAAUCAACACUAACAAAUUCGAAGCCAUUCCCUACACAGAUGAAGUGAUCAAGCUUCAGGAAUGUCCAUUUGAAGGUCGAGCAAAGCUGUCAGAAUGCCCUCUGAAGGCCGCUCGACCAGACCACUCGACUGAGCGAGCUCUAGGGUGGGUCGAGCGAGCAAACAGAACGUAUCCAGUAGCUUCCUGUAUCCUACUCGACCAGGCCGCUCGACCGAGCGAGCCUCUGCUUUGGUCAAGCGGACCUUCUGACGUUCCUAGGAUGCUAUUUUUGGCUCUUCAAGUUCUUUGGAGCUAUUUUAUUGCUAUUAAUUCUUAGCUUUAAUGUAUUGAGUGUUGCUUAGUGUGAUAUCCCUUGUAAAUAGGGAGCUUAUUUGUUCAUCCAAACAUCAUUAAACGCAAACCCUUAAGCCUAAACACAUAGCCUUUGUAUUCUCUUACAUCAUUUGUAAUACUUUAUCGUAAGAGUUGUAUUUCUCAAUUGUGAUAAUGUAAGCAAGUAACUACAUACCACGGAGGACGUAGUCAUCAUUGGGUGAACUUCCUUAAAUCUUUGUGUUCUUUUACAUUUGUUUAAUUUCCUUUAAACAUUGUUAAGUCAUUGAAAUUAUAAUCAGUUCAUCAAGUUAUUACUUCGUGCCUUUCGAUUUUGGUAACAUUAGAGGUUAAGUUUCAUACUUAGUCUCUAAUCAAGCAAUUAUUACAAGAUUUAAUAUAUUUUUCCAAUGUUUUUGAAAGGUGGUGCAAUAUAAAAAAUGAUACAAAUUCUUACAUGAGACAGUCUCAUAAUAAGAUCAUCUCUAUUGAACUAACGCAUGUACAUUUAGUAUGUUAAAAUGAUUAUUUAUAAUUUUAAAGUGAUGAAUUAGAGAAAUUAGCUCGUCUAAUACAUAACGAUCUACCAAAUGUAUGUAAUAUAUACUUCUAUAAUGUAACAAAAGAAUUAAUAAUUAUGUGCUUUUUGAUGUUAAUGUUGUUCGAGCCUUAUUCUUGACAUGAACAACACAAGUUA